CGUUUACCUGGAGGCCAUCCAGAGGCCUGGGGGGUCCUGGCUGCAUAGUACUGAGUAUUUCUGAGAGGCAGCAAAUUGCUGCUGGGCUCAGCAUGUGGAGUUCUAGUUCAGCACGUGGGUUCCCAGCUUUGCCCGCAACCCGGAAACAGUGGCCUCCGUGCGUGGGACAUUGUGACUUGCUGAGCAGAGAAGUAUCUUUGGCCAGAGGAUCUGGUAACUUUUCACAUGAUCUUCUUCUCUUCAAUUUCUCUAUAAAAGAAAAACUGCGCCCGGGAGGCCGCGGCGCAGUCUCUGCAAGCCGAGCCGACCCGAGCCGUGCUGAUCGGCAUCCGGCCCCGGCUCUCGCGUGAUCCCGGCUGGCGGAGCUGUCCGGUUAGCGGGCGCCGCUGCAGCCCACGGAGCUCGAGAACAUCGUAGCGAACACGGUGCUACUCAAGGCCCGGGAAGGUGGAGGUGGAAAUCGCAAAGGCAAGAGCAAGAAAUGGCGGCAGAUGCUUCAGUUCCCCCACAUCAGCCAGUGUGAAGAGCUGCGGCUCAGUCUUGAGCGUGACUACCACAGUCUGUGUGAGCGGCAGCCCAUUGGGCGCCUGCUGUUCCGGGAGUUCUGCACCACGAAGCCUGAGCUGACUCGCUGCAUUGCCUUCCUGGACGGGGUGGUCGAGUACGAGGUGACCCCAGAUGAAAAGCGGAAGGCAUGUGGGCGGCGGCUAAUGCAGAAUUUUCUGAGCCACACGGGUCCUGACCUCAUCCCUGAGGUCCCCCUGCACCUGGUGACUAACUGUGCCCAGCGGUUGGACCAGGGGCCCUGCAAAGACCUCUUCCAGGAGCUGUCCUGGCUGACCCAUGAGUACCUGAGCAUGGCCCCUUUUGCUGACUACCUCGACAGCACCUACUUCGACCAUUUCCUGCAGUGGAAGUGGCCGGCAAGGCAGCCAGUGACGAAAAACACCUUCAGGCAGCAUCGAGUCCUUGGCAAAGGUGGCUUUGGGGAGGUGUGUGCCUGCCAGGUGCAGGCAAUGGGAAAAAUGUAUGCCUGCAAGAAGCUGGAGAAGAAACGGAUCAAGAAGCGGAAAGGGGAGGCCAUGGCUCUUAAUGAGAAGCAGAUCCUGGAGAAAGUGAACAGUAGGUUUGUAGUGAGCUUAGCCUAUGCCAAUGAGACCAAGGAUGCACUGUGCUUAGUGCUGACGCUGAUGAAUGGAGGUGACCUCAAGUUCCACAUCUACCACAUGGGCCAGGCUGGCUUCCCUGAAGCACGUGCUGUUUUCUAUGCUGCUGAGAUCUGCUGCGGGCUGGAGGACCUGCAUUGCGAGCGCAUCGUGUAGGACCUGAAGCCAGAGAACAUCCUUCUGGAUGACCACGGCCACAUCCGCAUCUCUGACCUGGGCCUGGCUGUGCAUGUGCCUGAGGGCCAGACCAUCCAAGGCCGUGUGGGCACUGUGGGCUACGUGGCUCCAGAGGUGGUGAAGAACGAGAGGCACACAUUCAGCCCUGACUGGUGGGCGUUAGGCUGCCUCCUGUAUGAGAUGAUCACAGGCCAGUCACCCUUCCAGCAGAGGAAGAAGAUCAAGCGGGAGGAGGUAGAACGGUUGGUGAAGGAGGUGCCCAAAGAAUACUCUGAGUGCUUUUCCCGGCAGGCCUGCUCGCUCUGUUCCCAGCUCCUCUGCAAGGACCCGACGGAGCACCUGAGGUGUCAUGGGGGCAGCGCCCAGGAGGGGAAGGAGCACCCUCUUUUCAAAAAACUGAACUUCAAGCGGCUGGGAGCAGGCAUGCUAGAACUACCCUUUAAACCUGAUCCUCGGGCCAUUUAUUGCAAAGAUGUUCUGGACAUUGAACAGUUCUCCACUGUUAAGGGCGUGGAGCUAGAGCCAAAGGACCAGAACUUCUACCAGAAGUUUGCCACAGGCAGUGUGCCCAUCCCCUGGCAGAACAAGAUGGUGGAGACUGAGUGCUUCCAGGAGCUGAAUGUCUUUGGGCUGGAUGGCUCAGUUCCCCCAGACCUGGACUGGAAGGGCCAGCCACCUGCACCACCCAAGAAGGGAUUACUGCAAAGAUUCUUCAGCCGCCAGAGGAUUGCUGUGGGGACUGCAGCGACACUGAGGAAGAGCUCCCCACCCAUCUCUAGUCCCCAGCCUUCGGCCCCCACCGGCGAUUGGCAGUAGCAGCUACUCCAAGUGCUGUUUACAGUUUUGCACAGUGGUCUUCCCCAUUGUCCACUCAAGUCGUGGCCUAGGGAACAUAGCCAGAGUUGUCCCCAGUGUCCUCUGGCCCUUAGCCCUUGGCCUGGCUGAGUUUGGAAAAGCCUGGGCCAUCCCUGGGACAAAGGUGCAUCCCUUUAGCUCCUCUGCGGAGCUCUGGGAUUUCUGUAUUUAUGUAUUUGUAUGAAUGUGUAUAGCAACCAGAGCGUUCUUAAUUCCUACCCUAGACCUGGCGGCCCGCCUCAGCCUCCAAGGCAGCAAGCCCUGGCUGGGAGAGUUAAGAGACACCAGAGGGGCCACUGCCGAAGUUGAGGCUUCUCAGGCCCCACUCAGAAGGGGCAAGGCCAGAUCCCUGAAGCCCCGGCAUUGUACUGGCCACCACCAGCCUCGGGGUGAGACUCAUGCCUGCCCUUGCUGUCCUAGGCUCAGGCUGCACUGACUAGGGCCCGGUAGUAUCCCUUUAUAGCAAAUGUCAGAAUUAAAUCUGGGAGGAAGGGGCCGGGGACUUAGCUCAGUGGUUCCACCGCCUGCUGCGCAAGCACAAGGACCCGAGUUCGAUCUCCGGUACCAAAAAAAAAAUCUGGGGGUUCUGUAUCCUGUAGGCCUGUGCCAAGCUGUGAACAGAGGUUGGACUGACCGUGAGACCCAUUAGUUCACUGCCCAAGGUGAUCCACCUUGGUCUCCCUCUGCUUUCCAGCUCCCAGCUCACCUUGUCUCUUAUGCUGGGCCCUGAAGACACCUCUUUCAAAAACGCUCCAGCCCAGGCCAUAGGAGAAGUAGGGGUGUCCUUGACCAACUCUGGCCAACAUUCUAGAAUCCCCUCAAAAAUAUUCACAUGAAAGGCUGGGGAUGUAGCUCAGUGGUUCCACCGCCUGCCUCAAAAGCACAAGGUCCAGAGUUAGAUCCCUGGUACCCCCCCCCAAAAAAAAACAUUGGGUUUCCCUCCCCCUAAAAAAAAAAAAAUUCACAUAUGCCCAGCAAUAACCUGGCCCUCCCUGUGUGUGCCCGUGGGGAAUGUGUGGGUGUGGGUAUGUGUCUGUGUAUGUGUGAAGGGGCUAGGGUAAGGCUGUGCCUAUGACCCUGCCCCAGCCCCAGCCCUGGUCCUCCCAGACUGUGCCAGCCAUCUUGGUCCCCCGUGUUAGGGUAGAAUGGGAUUACAGGACCCUGGUUGUUCCAUAUUUAAAGCUAAUUUUUAUUACUCAAAAAAAAAAAAAGAAAAAUGGUUUUUCUGAGAAGUGUCUGAAGUUACGGUG